UGGGUGACAGCUGCGCUUCCAGCAGGGAGUGAGUGUAGUUGUGCGGGAGAGGAAGGGUUAAUGCAUUAGGGGAGCAUUAGGCAGGGAAGGAGGAGGAUGAUGGUCAGGCCAGUAACAGGGAGGAUCCGCACACACACACCCAGGCUGGGGCUCUCCGGGCGCCCGACAUGGCUCAUUGGACUUAGCCAAAGUUCUGCCGCUUCCUCCUCUGCCGCAACCGACUCCCCGGCCAUGCAUUAGUGCUUUCAGGAAAAGAAUGACAAGAUGGACCUGUUGCCGCACAUUGCAAUCAGCGAGCCCAGCAGCGCAGAGAGAUCUUCUUCCUCCGAGUCCAAGGACCUGGUCACAAGCAGAACUGAAAGCACCUUGUACAGCAGCUCCAGAAGCGAGUCCCUUUGGACCAACGGCCCCAGAAGUGCCUGGGAUGUCUACCAGAAACCCAUUAUCAUCAUGUCCAUCGGCGGCUCCAUCUUCCUCCUGGGGAUCAUCCUCACCACCAUCUAUUUCAUGAGCUUCGAUGGCAAGAGGCUUCCCAGUCGCAAUGACACUUCUCCCAACCCCGACGCUCCCAUCUCCAAGAUCUUUGGACCUGUUGCUUUUUCCAUAGGACUGAUGGUUCUGAUCUUCGGGUUGGUCUGGGUGCCAAUCAUCAAGAAGAAGAGGAAACGCUCCGUGUCGCGUCUCUUUGGGUACAAGCAGACGUCGUUCUUCCAUUUCUCUGUAUAACACCAACGGGCGGUGCUGGGGGAUGAGCUCAAUGUCGACUACUUGACGUUCAAAGAGGGGUCGGAGGCCGGUGGGACAUUAAAGACCUGGUUCCACCCCAACGAGCUAUGACAAACAAACUCAGGCCUUAAACAUUUGGCCUAUGGGAACGAGGCAAGAACAAUAAAUGGCAUGAAUGAAAAUGUUAUCUAUGGCCACUGCUUGCCCUACCAGCGAGUGGGGACUUUAUUUAGUGAAUGGGGGUGGCCAAUAGUGGGAUGUUAUUGUCCAUGUAUUCUGAUCAAUUAUGAACUGAAAUAUAUUCAAGUUAGGUGUUA